AUGGGUGCGCGCGCUAUGCAAAUGGGAGUGCCCCGAAUUUCAAGCGCAUGCGCUCAACCUGUCUGUAAUUUCGCCGCGAAGUCAUCGACGAUCCUUACACACAUCUGCGCCUAUCGCAUCGCAACCUGCCUCGUGUCCUUGCGCUUGCCGGCCCGUCCGAACCACAAUGCCCGUUUGGUCCAGCAGACUUUGGGUUCAGUUUCACACUGGCGGGCCUCUUCACAAUUAUCGAGGGCUAUAAUGCCUCGCCCUGGAACAGCUGCGGAAACAUAUGUCGCAUACGGCAUGACACAGAAAUUAUUCGAGGUUUGUUCCAGUCAAGCCGACUACAGCAUUCCCCAAUUAUCCCAGAAAGGGGCUCAAGUUCCCAAAACUGAAGCUGGGGAGGAUCUUGGAGUUGGAGAGGGGUGGUGGUACGAAGCCGCAGACGGCUGA